AUGUUCCUAAACAAUGACGAAUCACUGAACAAAUCAAAUCAAAUCAAAUCAAAUCAAAUCAAAUCAAAUCAAAUCAAAUCAAAUCAAAUCAAUAUUAUAGAUUUAAUGCUUGAUUUCGACAAGAUUAGCGAGAAUGGAAGAAACAUCUAUAAAUCAAAUCAAAUCAAUCAAACUAUACUCGAAAUUGAUUUCGAUCGAACAUAUCGGAAUAACCAAGAUAGUUUGACAUUUCGAAGAUUUGGAAUAUCUAAAUACUAUCAAUAUUCAAUAUUCAGAAAUACUUGCCAAUGUCACUACACGAGGAUUAUAGAAGCUAAAUCCAACAGAUGUUAUUGA